AGCCUUUGCCAAGAGACAGCAACAGCUGACUGCAAUGAAAGUUAUCCAGAGAAAUUGUGCUGCAUACCUGAAGCUGAGGAACUGGCAAUGGUGGAGACUGUUCACUAAAGUGAAACCACUGCUGCAAGUCACCCGCCAAGAGGAAGAAAUGCAGGCCAAGGAUGAAGAACUACAAAAAACUAAGGAAAGACAACAAAAAGCAGAGAGUGAAUUGAAGGAGCUGGAACUGAAACACACGCAGCUUUGUGAAGAGAAGAACCUCCUUCAGGAAAAGCUUCAAGCAGAAACCGAGCUGUACGCUGAAGCUGAAGAGAUGAGAGUCCGUUUAGCGGCUAAGAAACAAGAACUGGAAGAAAUUCUGCACGAGAUGGAAGCCAGAAUUGAGGAAGAGGAGGAGCGCAGCCAGCAGUUGCAAGCAGAAAAGAAAAAGAUGCAACAACAAAUGCUGGACCUUGAGGAACAGCUGGAAGAAGAAGAAGCUGCAAGGCAGAAACUGCAACUUGAAAAAGUAACAGCAGAUGGCAAGAUAAAGAAAAUGGAAGAUGAUAUUCUCAUAAUGGAAGAUCAGAAUAACAAGCUAACCAAGGAAAGAAAACUCCUUGAGGAAAGAAUAAGUGAUCUAACAACAAAUCUUGCUGAAGAAGAAGAAAAAGCCAAAAAUCUUACAAAACUGAAAAACAAGCAUGAAUCUAUGAUUUCAGAACUCGAAGUGCGACUGAAGAAAGAAGAAAAGAGUAGACAAGAACUGGAUAAACUUAAGAGGAAGUUGGAAGGGGAGUCAAGUGAUCUACAUGAGCAAAUCGCAGAGCUUCAGGCACAAAUUGCGGAGCUGAAGGCACAGCUAGCCAAGAAGGAGGAAGAGCUGCAGGCUGCUCUAGCCAGGCUUGAAGAUGAAACCAGUCAGAAGAACAAUGCCCUCAAGAAGAUCCGUGAAUUGGAAUCUCAUAUCUCUGAUCUCCAGGAAGACUUGGAGUCCGAGAAAGCUGCAAGAAACAAAGCAGAAAAACAGAAGAGAGACCUAGGUGAAGAGCUGGAGGCUCUUAAGACAGAGCUUGAAGAUACUCUGGAUACCACAGCCACCCAGCAAGAGCUCAGAGCAAAGCGUGAACAGGAGGUCACAGUGCUGAAGAGAGCUCUGGAGGAGGAGACUCGAACUCAUGAAGCCCAAGUCCAGGAGAUGAGGCAAAAGCAUACUCAAGCUGUGGAAGAGCUAACAGAGCAGCUAGAACAGUUUAAGCGGGCAAAAGCAAACUUGGAUAAGACCAAACAGACACUGGAGAAAGACAAUGCUGAUCUGGCUAAUGAAGUCAGGAGCCUGAAUCAGGCCAAACAAGAUGUGGAGCACAAAAAGAAGAAGUUGGAAUUACAGUUGCAAGAGUUACAGUCCAAAUACACUGAGGGAGAGCGUGUUAGGACAGAACUCAAUGAGAAAGUUCAUAAGUUACAGGUUGAGGUUGAAAAUGUUACUGGCUUGCUCAAUGAAGCAGAAAGCAAGACAAUCAAAUUAACCAAAGAUGUUGCAACCUUAGGAUCUCAGCUACAAGACACACAGGAGCUGCUUCAGGAAGAAACGCGGCAGAAGCUAAACGUGUCUACCAAGCUUCGUCAGUUAGAAGAUGAGAGGAACAGCUUGCAAGAGCAGUUGGAUGAAGAAGUAGAAGCAAAACAAAAUCUGGAGAGACAUAUUUCAACACUGACAAUACAGCUCUCUGACUCUAAGAAGAAGCUACAAGAAUAUUCCAGCACAGUAGAAGUAAUGGAAGAAGGUAAAAAGAAACUACAGAAGGAAAUUGAAAGUCUCACACAACAGUUUGAGGAAAAGGCUGCUUCUUACGACAAACUGGAAAAAACCAAGAACAGACUCCAGCAGGAGCUGGAUGACCUGGUGGUAGACUUAGACAACCAGCGUCAGCUGGUCUCCAACCUGGAGAAGAAACAGAAGAAGUUUGAUCAGAUGCUAGCUGAAGAGAAAAACAUCUCUUCAAAAUAUGCAGAUGAAAGAGACAGAGCAGAAGCUGAAGCUAGAGAAAAAGAAACAAAGGCUUUGUCAUUGGCCCGUGCACUUGAAGAAGCUUUGGAAGCCAAAGAAGAACUGGAGAGAACAAACAAAAUGUUGAAAGCUGAAAUGGAAGAUCUUGUUAGCUCCAAAGAUGAUGUUGGCAAGAAUGUCCAUGAAUUGGAGAAAUCUAAACGGACCCUUGAACAGCAAGUAGAAGAGAUGAAGACACAAUUAGAAGAGCUGGAGGAUGAGCUACAGGCUGCUGAAGAUGCCAAGCUCAGGUUGGAGGUUAACAUGCAGGCCCUGAAAGGGCAGUUUGAGAGAGAUUUACAAGCCAGAGAUGAACAGAAUGAGGAGAAGAGAAGACAACUCCUUAGACAGCUCCAUGAAUAUGAAACAGAACUGGAAGAUGAGCGGAAGCAACGUGCCCUGGCAGCUGCAGCCAAAAAGAAGCUGGAGAUUGAUGUCAAAGAUCUGGAAAGUCAAGCUGAUUCUGCUGUUAAAGCUCGGGAAGAAGCCAUCAAACAACUUCGCAAAUUACAGGCUCAGAUGAAGGACUACCAACGAGAGCUGGAUGAUGCCCGGGCUGCCAGAGAAGAAACAUUUGCUACAGCCAGAGAAAAUGAGAAGAAAGCAAAGGGCCUGGAAGCAGAGCUCAUCCAGCUUCAAGAGGAUCUGGCUGCUGCAGAGAGAGCUCGCAAACAAGCAGAUCUGGAGAAAGAAGAGAUGGCUGAAGAACUUGCAAGUGCUACUUCUGGAAGGACAAGCCUUCAGGAUGAGAAACGGCGCCUGGAGGCAAGAAUUGCCCAACUAGAGGAAGAGCUAGAAGAGGAGCAAAGCAACAUAGAGGCAAUGGGUGAUCGCAUGAGGAAAGCAGUACAGCAGGUAGAGCUCAUUUCAGCACAUGUCACUUCCUGUUUGUAUUUCAGCCAAAGAUACUUGUGA